AUGAUGGCGGCCAGAAGCCCAUGGACGUGGACCGGAUCUGGGCUGGCAAGGGAAAGGCCCGGGAUGGCAGAGGCAAGACAAAUGGACGGCAAGGGCAAGUAUGGCAAGGAGGGCAACAACAAGGGCAAGGAUGGCAAAGGCAAGGCCAAGGACGGCAAGGGCAAGGGCGGCAAAAACAAGGACGGAAAGGGCUACAGUCAGGGGAGCCAGUGGACCGCCAAUGCUUGGAAUGAUCCCGAGGCUUGCCGGAUCUGCGGGAAGCAUGGGCACGGGAAGUGGGAAUGCGCACAGGCGACCGGGAAAGGUAAAGGCAGCUGGAAAGGGCAGAAGGGCAAGAUGAACCAGGUCGAGCAGCAGCCGACGCCAUCGUCGGCGUCUUCAGUGGCCCCCUCAAUCGUGUCGAUUACCUCGCCUCCUUCGGCUUCUGUGUACCGCGGCAACGCCUCUGUGAAUGUCAUCGAGGCGUAUGUCAUGACUCCUCCCGGUGCCGCAUCACGGGGAGGCAGUUAA